UCUAUCUCUUUCUUCUUUCCCCCACAUCACACUCCUCAAUCGACUUAAUUUCCUCUUCCCUCGACAGACGUUUCAUCAUUUAAAAUGGCAACACCACAGCAAAAUAUCAAUUUUACACCAGAGGAACUCGCUAAGUUUAAGGAGGCAUUCACAUCAUACGACAAGGACAAGAACGGUCGCAUUGCGACGGACGAGCUCAAGCAGCUUGCUGCAUCUGUAGGCCAAGAAGCAAGUGAUGAGGAGCUGGGCUUUGUAAUCAAGGCAUUUGAUACCAAUGGGGAUGGCGAACUCGACUUUGAUGAAUUCCUGGGUCUCCUAGCAACACUUCGCUCAGCAUCACGCGACUUUUAAAAAAAAAAAAAUACAAAUACGUGGCCUGAAUGGUCGAUGACAAAAUGAGAUGUAGCAAUAAAGAAACAUGGUAGUGGG